GGGAAAUGAGAAAGUAUGGGCGGGGUUGCGCGUGGUUCCGAUGGCGGCAGAAGUGGGUUGUGGGGGGGUGGGAAGUUGCCAAAAAUUGUGAAUGCCGGAGAGGUUGUUCUUGGCGAGGCGGCCCAAGAAGUUAGGCACAAUGAGAUGAAAUUGGAGAAAGUGCAGAAGAUGAUCGACGACAUGAUCCGUGUCAUGCGAAGGGCACUUGGUGUUGGUCUCGCUGCCCCACACAUUGGAAUCCCCUUAAGGAUUAUUGUUUUGGAAGAUAAAAAACAAUACAUGACUUACAAGCAAGAGGAAGAGUUAAAAGCACAAGAUAGAAGACCUUUUGAUCUUUUGGUCAUCCUUAACCCCAAGCUCAAGUACAACACCAACAGAACUGCACUCUUUUUUGAAGGCUGCUUGAGUGUGGCUGGAUACUGUGUUGUGGUAGAGCGGUACCUUGAUGUUGAAGUUGCAGGUUUUGAUCGUUACGGUGAACCCCUCAAAAUAAAUGCUACUUGUUGGCAGGCCCGGAUCUUACAACAUGCGUGUGAUCACCUGGAUGGAACACUGUAUGUUGAUAAGAUGGUACCUAGAACUUUCAGAGCUCUAGAGAACAUGUAUAAUCCUCUUGCCCAUGGGUGCCCCAAACUUGGCCCCCGCUAAUGCAGGUCUUAGGGCUUGAAGCUGGAGUUGACACUUCUAGAUCUUAGCAUGUAGUCCAGAUGCAUUAAGUUAGAAAUAUUUUCUCAAUUUGGAAAUAAGUAAAUUCCUCUCAAUUUUCAGUGUUAUCAUGUUGCAAUAAUUGUUAAUUCAAUCUGUUAUUUUUUCUGAUCAA